AUGACCAAGCGUACCGCCUUCGCAUCAGUCCGCAACAACACCGGCAGCCCCAUCGUCGCUGUGUCCCUCGUGCACAAGUAUAGCGACGACUACAAGCACCAGCAGCAGUGGGGCAUCCUCGACAACGGCGAGCUUGGCGAGGAGCAGCUCGAGGUCGAGUACAACACGGGCGCCUUCACCACCGGCCGCGACUGGUGGACCGUCACCUGGUACAGCCCAGACAUGCGCACCCGGUACUACUCCGACCCGGAGAACUUUCGCGACAUCAUCGACGCUAUGGAGAGCGUCGCGCCGUCGCUGCUGAAGAAGGCCGCUACUACCCUCGCCGGGCUGUCCUCGCUCACCGGCCCUGGGCUUAUUGCCGCCCGGAUCGUCGCCAAGGAGGUUGCCGCCGCCACAUCAGAUGCCCUGUUUAACUCGGAGAGCACAGACGGCUUCAAGCAGCACAUCUUGAGAUCUGAGGACGAAGACGCUCUCACUGAGAUUGUCAUCAACAACGACAAUACCAUUACUUUCAAGUCAAACUCGGGCAACUCUGAAACUGCCGUCUCUGAGGAGGCUGUUGAUCUAGAGGAGUGA